UCUCACACCUGCCUCUGUCUCUCGUCUCCCGCUGCGUCGCCGUCUCUCUACUAUCUCUCUCUCGCUUUCUCGCUGCAAACGGCAAGCCCGUCUUGUCUCUCUCUCGUCUCUCGUCGUGUCCGGUGGCUUCCUCUUUUCAGCCAUCGUGGGAGAAGUUGAGAAUAAUUGUAGGUGAUUUGGAGAGAAGUUGCACGUACAAUGUCGUACAUGGCUGAAGAGAUGGCAUGGAGGGAGAGGGUAGACAAAAUUUUAUUGGGUACCGGUUCGCCUUUCACCAGACGGGUAAGAGACGUCCAGGUACCCGAGAAUUUCGAAGUCCCUCAGAUCUCAAGUUUUGCUGGAAUUGGAGAUCCUGCCUAUCACUGGAGGGAUUUUCGAGACCAUAUGGAUUUUUACGGGACUCCCGGUGAAGUGGCAUGUCGUGCCUUCCCUCUUACUCUUUCUGGGUAUGCCCGGGGAUUGGUUCAAUAAGCUGCCCCUAAAUUCCAUCGACAAUUUUGAGGCUUUAGGCAGAAUGUUCUUGACAGAGUUUUUGCCUUGGCGGACACGAAAGAGGCCCUGGGUAUACUUGUUGGCCAUAAAGCAACGCCAUGAUGAAACUCUUAAGGAGUUCAUAGCCAGGUUCAACCUGGAGAAGAUGGCAGUGGAAAUUCCAACCAAUGAUACUGUCUUUGCUGCCCUCUACAGUGGCAUUUCACCCGAGGGUCCCCUGAUGACAAAGUUAGGCUGGAAACAACCGAGUACCCUUCAGGGUCUCAUGGACAUAGUGGAAGAGUUCAUCAACGAGGAGGAGAUUGAGGAGAUUUUGAAGGCUAUGGCCAGUUCAAGGAGACAUCGGGAGAAGGAUGAGGAGAUUUUGAAGGCUAUGGCCAGUUCGAGGAGACAUUGGGAGAAGAGGAAAAGAAGAGGAUAGAAGCUGCCAAGAAAGAAAGAAGUUCAAAGAUAAAGAUAUAUACUGUGAAUUUCAUAAAGUAGCAAGUCACUAUACCGAGGGUUGCAUAUUGAAAAGUUCAUCAAGAAUGGUAAGCUGGUUCGAUUUCUAGGAGAGCAGAGGGUGACGUGGUUUGAAAUUUACUGUUACUGUCCUUUUAUUCUGAACGACUUUAAAUUUUUUGAACUUUAUUGUCACUUACUUUGUAAACGACAUUAUUUGGCUAGUCUUUUUAUGUCGUUUGAAGCAUUACUUUUAUAAAUAA